AUUCCUCGGUUCUGGCUCUUCUUUUAUCUGCCCCAUCUCCAUUUCUUCUUCAAUUCUCUCUCUUUUUCCUCUUUCCUUCUCUGCUGUCUCAAGCUGCUACUUGGAAACCUUUCGAGGAGUAGCGUAAAAAAAAGAAAGAAGAAGAAGAAGAUGUUGCUGGGAAAGAGGCCAAGGCCACCAAUGAAGAGAACAACAAGCAUGACAAAGAUCACCUUUGAUCUAAACACAACCAAUGAUGAAGCUCCACCGUCUGAUCCACACAACCCUUUCAAUGACUACCCAACACAGGCUGCAGCUGGUCUUUUUGGUGGCGUUUGGGGUCAACAGGUACAGGCUAAUGGUGGUGGUGUAGCAGCAGCUGUUUCUGGUGGUGGUGUAGGUAGCGGCCUUGAAGAGUUGGAUCAACGGUUGUUGGCGACGGUGUCACCUAGAGUUAAUAGAAGGUAUUCAGCUGAUUUUAUGGAAACCCCUCAUUUUUUAAGGUCUUGCGGUCUUUGCAGACGUCGCCUUGUUCCUGGCCGUGAUAUCUACAUGUAUAGGGGUGAUAGUGCAUUUUGCAGCCUAGAGUGCAGGCAACAGCAGAUGAAUCAAGACGAGAAAAAGGAGAAAUGUUCGAUAGCAUCCAAGAAACAAGCUGCCGCAGCCUCGUCCGCUGCCAGAUCCGGUGUCUCCACCAAAGGUGAGACGGUUGCUGCCAUAUAGAUAUACUAAUCACCGUGGUCCUAAAGGAAUUUUACCAAGCUUAAAUUCCAUGGUACUAGAAGGACUAUUAAUAUAUGUAAGGGAAGUGCAAGUUUAACUUUGUGAUGCUAAUGGGGCUAAGUUUUUGGAAAUGUUAUUUUAUGUGGAUCCCAAAAAAACUAUACAAAAAAAAUUUAAAUUUCUACUUCUUCAUACUUCCUAGUGUCUUUUAGAAAAACCUUAGAUGAUAAUCAAUGAGUAAGAAAAGCCUUUUUUUUCUUUAAUCAAUAUAUCCAAAGAUUU